UGACUGUACAGUGAGAAUUCAAGCAUGUCCCUUGGAGAAUUGGGGAUGAUAACCUAGUGAGCUGUACCCAUUUCUGUCGUGACGUUGCUUAGCACAGUGGAGAGUUAGAAACAAGCAAGACCAAUUCUCUCAUAACCACCCCCCCCAUUUACCUUCUCUUCCAGGUGUAUCCCUGAAGCCCACUAUUAGUUUCCAAGGCCUGGGAACAUGAACACACGUUCAGUGUUGGUGUCAUUUGAAGAUGUGUUUGUGGACUUCACCCAAGAGGAAUGGCAGAACAUGGACAAAGCUCAGAGGACCCUGUACAGGGAUGUGAUGCUUGAGACCUAUACCAAUCUGGUGUCCUUGGGGUACUACAUGACCAAGCCUGAUGUGAUCUUCAAGUUGGAGCAAGGAGCAAUGCCAUGGACAGUGGAAAAAACUGUCAGCCAACAACUUUCAGCUUCCCACAGAAAGGAUGAACUGCUUGGAACUUAUCAGGAAAGUCAAGAAGCAAACUUCAGGCAACCUGAUGAGAUGUCAUUUGUGAAAAAGCAGGAUGUGACUAAUGCACCAGGGAGCAAACUUCAAUGCAGGAAAAAUCUCAGUCACAAUGACAAGAUGUACACUGGUCAGAAGUCUUUUGAACAUAGUGGGAAUGAGAAAACCUCUGGCAGGAAGAUUUUUUUUACAUUUAAGAAGUUUUAUAUCAGAGACAACUAUAAUAAACCAUCUGUCCUUGUGGAUGAAAAUAUUCAGCUUGAAAAGAAAUCUUUUCAAGAAAAUCCUUGUGUUGGCAAGCAUCAGCAGACACAGUCAGGAGAGAAACUCCUUGAACAUCUCAAGAGUGAGAAAUGUCUUAUUUACAAAACAGAUCUUACAAUAAAUGCAGCAAAAAGUCACCAUACAUGUGGCUACUGUAAAAAGCCUUUCAGCUGUGAAUCUUGCCUUACCACAAGACACAGAGCUAACAUAGUAGAAAACCUAGGUGUGUGCAGUGAAUGUAGAUUCACUUGGCAGAAUCCAGACCUCACUGGAAAUCAGAUAAUUCACUCUGGAGAGAAAGCACGUGAGUGUAAUGAGCAUGGGAAUAUCUUUUGUAGGAAGUCAAUUCUCCAUUCAUAUCAGAAAAAUCACCAAGGGAAAAAGUCUUAUGAAUGUAGUGAGUGUGAAAAAACUUUUUCCAGAAAAUCUUACCUCAUAACGCAUCAGAGAAUUCAUUCCAGGGAGAAGCCCUAUGAAUGUAACGAAUGUGGAAAAGGUUUUUGCCAGAAGUCAGCUCUCAUUAGACAUCAGAGAAUCCACACAGGAGAGAAGCCUUAUGAAUGUAGUGAGUGCAGAAAAGCUUUUUGCCAGAAGUCAGCUCUCAUUACACAUCAGAGAAUUCACACAGGGGAGAAACCUUAUGCAUGUAGUCAGUGUGGGAAAGUCUUCUGUGACAAAUCUGAUCUCAUUAGACACCAGAAAAUUCACACAGUAUUGAAACCUUAUGAAUGUAAUAAGUGUGGAAAAGCCUUUAGCCAGCAGACAUCUCUCAUUAUACAUCAGAGAAUUCACACAGGAGAGAAACCUUAUGAAUGUAGCGAGUGCGAUAAAACCUUUUGCCAGAAAUCGUCUCUCAUUACACAUCAGAUAAUUCACACAGGGGAGAAGCCUUAUGAAUGCAAAGAGUGUGGAAAAGUCUUUUGUUAUAAGUCAGCUGUAAUUAGACAUCAGAGAAUUCACACAGGGUUGAAACCUUAUGCAUGCAGUGAGUGUGGAAAAGCAUUUUAUCAGAAGUCAUCUCUUAUUAAGCAUCAAAGAAUCCACACAGGAGAGAAACCUUAUGAAUGUAGUGAGUGCAAUAGAGCCUUUUGCCAGAAAUCUUCUCUCAUUGCGCAUCAGAUACUUCAUACAGGAGAGAAGCCUUAUGAAUGUAAAGAUUGUGGAAAAGUCUUUUGUGAAAAAUCAGCUCUCAUUAAACAUCAGAUAAUUCACACAGGGUUGAAACCUUAUGCAUGUAGUCAGUGUGGAAAGGCCUUUUACUGGAGAUCAGCUCUCAUUAGACAUCAGAGAAUCCACACCGGAGAGAAGCCUUACGAAUGUUGUGAGUGUGGAAAAGCUUUUUGCCAGAAGUCAGCUCUAAUUACACAUCAGAGAAUUCACACAGGGGAGAAACCUUAUGAAUGUAGUGAGUGCGAUAAAGUCUUUUGUGACAAGUCUGAUCUCAUUAGACACCAAAGAACUCAUACAGGGUUCAAGCCUUAUGCAUGUAAUGAGUGUGGAAAAGCCUUUUAUCGGAGGACAACUCUCUUUAGGCAUCAGAGAGUCCACACAGGGGAGAAGCCUUAUUAAUGUAAUGAGUGAGGAAA